AUGAAAACAGGACGAUCAAAGCUUAUGUUAAAACUUGUGGAAGAAACAAGCAAAAAUUCGAAAAGUACGGGUUUUACUCAUGAUGAGCGCAUGGAUGAGGAGGACUGCAUACCAGGGACUCCAGAAUGCCAUUCGCUAUUACCUCCAGGAGCACGCAACGUAAUAGAAGAGAUGAACGACAUUUGUGAAGAUGUCUUUUUAGAUGACGUACACGGAACAAGCGAAAUCAUAAAAUCAACAAAUGAAAAUAUGGACCCGAACAUACCAUCAUCUACUUGUGUUCUUGAAGAAGAUCCUUUUAUGGCCGUGUAUGAAAAUGCAUCCUCAUCAUAUUUACUCGCGUCAGAAAAUCAGCAUGGUGUCGUGUCCCUCUUAAAUAUCACCUCAGAUCUAACCCCUUUAAAUACUUCUACCCUGAUAUCAGACCUGUCACCUUUCCCGCAACCGAUUACCCCGACUGUUGACAACAAUGGACAUGGACAAACACCUAUGCCAUCACCAGUAAAAACUCAUGUUAACAACAAAGUUACUUGGACAAGCAUAAAAGAAGUUUGUGUCGAUGGAACUCAGAGCAGUAAAAUCCGGUACAAAUAUGCUUUAUCUGAUGACUACAUGACCCUGGUACUUCGAAAGAGACUAGACAAUACAAUAAUCCAAUCUUCAUAA